UCGUCGUCGGCUCCUGCCUGCCUGCCUGCCUGCGCCAUCUGAGGGAGGGGCCCCGACGGUCUGACCCCCCACCGUGCGACAGACACCAAUGCUUCUUUGGCUUCCACAUUAUAAGUCAUCGUCAUCGGUGGGUGGGAUGCAGGCGGUGAGCUGAUAUAACAUCUCUGCCUCACCCGUCUCUCCACCACGACGGCGAUUCUGCGAGCCCCCUUGUCUCCGUAACGUCGUCGAAUUCGUGACCCCGACGAGGUUGAUCAUCCACCCAGCCAGCCGAGAGGAGACAUGAUGUGGUCCACGACAUUGGCCUUCGCGGCCCUCGCGCUGCCCUUUGGCGCAUCGACCCGCGCCGUCUCGCCCGACGUCUAUCCCAGCCCUCCCGGCCAAGGCUCUGGCCGCUGGGCGGGCGCCUAUGCCAGCGCGCGCAAGCUCGUCACGCAGAUGACGCUCGAGGAAAAGGUCAACGUCACGCGCGGCUUCAAGACCGACGCCAACGUCUGCGCCGGCAACUCGGGCUCCGUGCCCCGGCUCGGCUGGCCCGGCAUGUGCCUCCACGACGCGGGCAACGGCGUCCGCGCCACCGACAUGGUCAGCGCCUGGGCCUCGGGCCUGCACGUCGGCGCCAGCUGGGACCGCAACCUGACGUACCAGCGCGGCCUCUACAUGGCCAAGGAGUUUCGCGCCAAGGGAGGUGAGAAGACAACGAUGCGCCACUAGUACUGCCAUGUACUUUGAGGGGGAAGCAAGAAGCGACGACGGGAGGAAGCGUGGCUGACGUUUGGACACAUAAAACAACAGUCAACAUUGCUCUGGGCCCCAACGCCGGGCCCUUGGGCCGCACACCUCUUGGCGGCCGGAACUGGGAGGGCUUCUCCGUCGACCCUUAUCUCUCCGGCCAGCUCAACGCCGAGACAAUCGUCGGAUAUCAAGACGCCGGCGUUAUUGCCAACCUCAAGCACUUCAUCGCCAACGAGCAAGAGACGUACCGACGCCCUUACUCUGGCGUCGAGGCCGCGUCGUCCAACCUCGACGACAAGACCCUGCACGAGUACUACCUCUGGCCCUUCAUGGACGGCGUCCGCGCCGGCGUCGCCUCCGUCAUGUGCUCUUACAACCGCAUCAACAACACCUACGGCUGCGAGAACAGCAAGCUCAUGAACGGCGUCCUCAAGUCGGAGCUCGCCUUUGACGGCUUCGUCAUGCUCGACUGGAACGCCCAGCACAACCUGCAGAGCGCAAACGGGGGGCUCGACAUGGUCAUGCCCUACGGUGGCUCCUGGGGGGACAAUUUGACGCACGCCGUUCGGAACGGGACCGUGACCGAGAAGCGUAUCACGGACAUGGCGACGAGGUCAGACGAUGAAAAGAAAACCCUCGUACCUCUUUUGGUCAUCUUGACGACUGACCGGCUUUGCAGAAUCCUCGCCGCUUGGUACCUCGUCGGCCAAGACGCGCCAGACUUCCCGGCCCCGGGCGUCGGCAUGAAGAACCUCUCCCUGCCGCACGAGCCCGUCGACGCCCGCGUCCCCGAGUCCAAGCCGGUGCUCCUCGGCGGUGCUGUCGCCGGCCACGUCCUCGUCAAGAAUGUCAACCGCACGCUGCCGUUCCGCAGCAAGCCCAAGAUGCUGUCCGUCUACGGCUACGACGCCGCGCCGCCGCCCACCAAGAACAUCGACACCCUCUUCCAGCUCGGCUACACGUCCUCGCAGGAGAUGGGCCAGGCGGUGCUCGGCACGUUGCGCAGCUUCGACCAGGCAGCGCGCGGGGGCACCAUCACCACUGGCGGCAGGGCGGGCGCCAACGCGCCGCCAUACAUGAGCGACCCCCUGAGCGCCAUCCAGCACCGUGCCGCCGCCGACGGCACCUGGGUCAACUGGGACAUCGCGUCCACCACCCCGGACGUCAACGGCGCGACGCAGGCCUGCCUCGUCUUCAUCAACGCCAUCGCCACCGAGGGCUGGGACCGCACGGGACUGCACGACGACGCAAGCGACGGGUUGGUGCUGCACGUGGCCUCGCGCUGCGCCAACACCGUCGUCGUCGUCCACGCCGCCGGCAUCCGCCUCGUCGACCAGUGGAUCGAGCACCCCAACGUCACGGCCGCCGUCUUGGCCCACCUGCCCGGCCAGGACUCGGGCACCGCCCUCGUACGCCUGCUCUACGGCGAGGACAACUUCUCCGGCCGCCUGCCCUACACCGUCGCGCGCAACGAGUCCGACUACCCCGUGUAUGCGCCGUGCGGCCGUGGUCGGGACAACACGACGGACCCCCAGUGCGACUACACCGAGGGCGUCUACCUCGACUACCGCGCCUUUGACGCCAGGAACGUGACGCCGCGCUUCGAGUUUGGCUACGGCCUGAGCUACACCACCUUUGAGUACUCGUCGCUCGCGCUCUCACCUACCAGGGCGCUGUGCGCGACACCACCAUCAUCACCAUCGUCGUCGUCGACGAACAGCACCCACGACGGCCUAUGGGACGUGGUCGCGCACGUCGAAGCCACCGUCGCCAACGCGGGCCCCGUCUCGGGCGACGAAGUUGCGCAACUGUACGUCGGCAUCCCCGGCGCGCCGCCCAAGCAGCUGCGCGGCUUCGAGAAGGUCCACCUGCGGCCCGGCGCGGCGGCGACGGUGCGCUUCGACUUGACGAGACGCGACGUGAGCGUGUGGGACGUGGCGCGCCAGCGCUGGGUCGUGCAGAAGGGGGAGUAUCCCGUGUACGUGGGAGCGAGUUGUCGCGAUGUGAGGUUGACGGGGUCACUGGUGGUCGAGUAGGUAGAUAGAUUAGUGGGUGGCCCCGUCGGUCGCUGGGGAGGCUGAGCGCGUAUCGUCGCUGCUGGAUUUUAGUGUACAUGCGCGGCACAGAUUGCCGCAAUGAUUUCCCUCCGUGGUAUCUCCUGAAAGUUCGUCCUCGUGCGUGCGUGGCCGCGUCUGGUU